GAAUUUUGUUUUGGGUUUCGAGUGUUUGCCGCCAAGUUUCUUUUAUCAAUUUAUAGGUUUUAAGUGAUGCUCUUUACGAUGGAAUAGUCAAAAUCUGGAUUACUUAAGUUUCUCAUAAAGUGAACUUGUUCCGACAUUUUUAAUGAACAUAUCGUAUAUCAUUUGAUUAACUCGUUAUAUAAUAUUAGUUUUAUUUGAAACAUUCUUUCGUGAAAGUUGAUUAGAGAUGUUCAUUACUUGAACAAUUAAAAAAGCAGACUAACGAAUAAAGUAGUUUUAGGAUAGAACGAGCUCAUUUAGCGAGGGAAUAUGUGUCGCCUGUUUUCGAUUUGUUUAUGAAAUGUCUGUUGCAACAGAUACUUUUAUAAUAUGAAAUACUCAACAUGUUGAGUGUUUCAUGUUACAAAAAUGUCGAAGACUAUAUAAAUGGAUCACUUUUUUAUCGAUUGACAUUGAAACAAGUUUCUUUCAGAAGAAAAUAGAACUCCUUUAUAGGAAAGUAAACCAACCUCUGCUUUCCAUAUCAUCUCGAUAUCUGUCUUUCUUAGUUUUGAUCCGAUAAAUUUGAAUAGUUUACAAGUAUUUGUUAUAUAGUGAGAGUUGUUUAUAUUUCCUAAAAAGAAAGAUGAUGCUCGAUUUUUAACUUCGAUAAAUUGACUCUAUAUACUCAUACCUUUCAAAGCUUCAGACACAAUUGAAUUUUCAAUUAUCCAUUGAGAUAAAAUAUGCUUGACUAAUGAAUAUCAUAAACAUUCUUAAUCUCUUAAUAAAUAUAAAUUCAUAUCAUUUUCGCAACCAUACAAAGUUUGUAUUAAAAAUAAAUAUGAUAUUCAUAAUCUACGUACAAAGCCAAACAGAAUGAUGUGAUUUUCUGAAAAAACAUUUUUUCGUCAUAACUUCUUGCCUUGGUCCCCCUCAGGAAUCGAGCGAAGUUUUUAGAAUUUUCUAUUCAAAACCAAAACUAUAUUCGUAAUCUACAUACGAAACUGCGUUCAAUGAUGUAUAUUUAGCAGAAAAAAAUUUUGUCCAAAAUUUGUGCCUCUGGUCCCCCUCAGGUACUAAUGAGAGUAAAUUGAAUUUUGUUUUGGGUUUCGAGUGUUUGCCGCCAAGUUUCUUUUAUCAAUUUAUAGGUUUUAAGUGAUGCUCUUUACGAUGGAAUAGUCAAAAUCUGGAUUACUUAAGUUUCUCAUAAAGUGAACUUAUACCAAAAUGUCUCUAGCUAGUCAUACCGGGCAAUACAUCGACGGCGAAUAGCCAUAAAUGGAGAACACUAACACAGUUUUCUUUCGGUCCUGUCCCAUAAUGCUCUGGUAAUCUUACUUAUGGGGUAUACAGGCAUAAAGGAAAGUAUUCCGUGAGAGAGAGUACGAAAAAUCAAAAUUUUAAUUUGAACUAAUUUAACUUUUAAUUACAACAUACAAACUGUAAAUAAGAAGAAUAUAUCCUCAAGAAUGCGUAUAAUUUUUUUAAUAGGGAAAGAGACAUAUAUGUAGAAAAUCUAAUCCUACCAUCGAAAUAUAUGCUUUUAAACUUAUUCUUUUCAAGUAAUAUACAAGUGGAAUGCUUCCAUUCUGUUUCCUAAGUUUACACGACAGGAGAAGCAAUCUCAUAUGGUCGGAAUGAUCCAGUGAGAAGGAUGAAUUUAAAAGUUCAAAGUAUAAAAAUCGGAUUGUCCAUAUACAAAAAGGUCUAUCAUGGAGUUUUAAUGCUUUCCUAGGGAUGUUAAUUUUGGAGUAAUUACAACUGACGCCACCACGAUGGCAGAACUUGUAAUUACUUCUCUCAUAAAGUGCACCAAAGAUGAACCAAAACUUCACGAUAAUCCUUUUUAUAUAUGUACAAUCCGAUUUUUAUACUUUUAACCUUUAAGUUCACCCUUCUCACUAGGUCAUUCCGGCCGUGUAUCGUGCAGCGAAAAAAAAGACUCAUUAGGACUUAAUAUGGGUCAAACUACGUGAAAAUUUCAUUUUCUAUCGAUCGACGAUGAAAUGGACUAUUUCAGGAGGAAAUGUCAUCUGGUAUUGUAAAUUAAAUAAACGAAUGAAAUUCUUUUUUUUCUUCUUAUAGUAUAAUCAAUCGAUAUUGCUUAACGAUCAUAGUUUUACCUUAUUGUUAUCAGCAUGUGAAGAAUUCAAUUCGGAACAAUUCGAAUGUUUAAUUGAUUUAAUUUCAGAACUCUGGAAAUCUGCAACAAAUGCGACACAAGACAAACUAGUUGAUUUAUUAAACAAAAUUGGGCAUACAGUAAGGAAUAUGCAACAUUCAGAGAGGAUAUUAGAAAUUCUAUGGACUAUGGCAUAUGACGAAAAUUCACCGUGUUCUAUGAUUGAUCGCCUAUUAUCCUGCCAGCGUGAUAUUUCCAGUGGUAGUCAUUAUUUAAAUCGUAAAUUAAAACAUGACUAUUGUUUAAAAUCUAUGGACUGUAUAAAAAACUAUAAUUUACAAUGGAUUGUCCCAUCUUACCGUUAUAUAAUGAAAUUAGUCGAAUUUGAUAGAGAAAUUAUACACUUUUUAAUAGAUAAAAAUGAUUUGAUUUUAUAUUUAAUACAAACUAUAGGUCGGUGUCAGCAUGAUGUGUGGAUACAGACUAAUGGAAAUGUAAGCUCAGAUACACUCAUCGAUAAACGUCAUACAUACAAAGAAUGCUUAAAAAUUGAGUUAGAUUUACUGGCGUAUAUGUUGAAAAAAGCACGUAUGUAUAUAGUAUUACGUCGUGCAGAAGAAUUAUGGUUAACAUUAAUCACGAAUCAUGAAGCAUGUUUAAUCGAUAAUGAAUUAGGUUUUGAUUGGUUUAUUACAUCUUUCAAUGAAAUGAAUGGUCAAUCACGAAUAGAGUUAUACGAAAAACACAUAUCAAAAUUGGAUUUAUCAAAAUUAACAGAAACAGGUUUGGAUUGUUACAAGUUAUAUCAUGAUUAUUCAAAUCCAUCUAUAGAAGAAUUGCGUAAGAAAAUUGAACAAUUAGAGUUUACUAUACGACAAGUGAAAGAUCGUCAUCAAUGUCAGAUAUGUUUAAAUAACGAAAAUCACAGUGUACAACUGGCUGUUAACGACGGUGUUAAAAGUUCUGGAAAUAUUAAAAGUCAUGAUUGCGACGUAGGAUAA